AUGACGUCAACGAAUAAUUUAAAUCAAUUGGAUCCAACAUUUAUGUACACUAAGAUAUUCAAGGAUAUUCUCCUUGAUAUGGAAUAUGAUGAACGAUCAAUUAAACAGUUUAUUGCUUAUUGUCGAAAUAAUGACUGUAUGAACCCACAAACUAUUGAUCGAUUUGAGAAAGAAUAUCAUGCUGAAUUAGCCAUUUGGUGGUUUACUUUCCCAUGUAAUAUCUAUUAUAUGGUCAAUUAUGCUCUUCGUUGUAUGGAAGGCGAUGCCAUUAUUAAUAUGGGUUUUUUUAUCCAUGACCUUCAUCAACAAAUUCUACAACUACACCAACAACAGAUUCAUAACUAUCAUGGUAAACCAUUCAUAGUUUAUUAUGGACAGGGUCUACCCAAAAAAGAUUUUGAAAAACUCCAACAAAAAACAGGUGGUUUGAUAUCUUUCAACAAGUUUCUAUCCGGUACUAUGGAACGAGAAAUCGGUCUCAGCUAUGCACUUUCUGCGUCAGAAAAUGCCGACACGGUAGGUAUUCUUUGCGUGCUGUCUAUUGAUCCUCACGUUCAGUCAGUGCCAUUUGCCUCCAUCAAAGAUGUGAGUUCUUUAAGGGAAGAAGAAGAAAUUCUUUUCUCAAUGCACACCGUCUUUCGAGUGGUUGCAAUUAAACAAACAGAGAAUAAUAAUCAACUUUAUCAAGUUGAACUUCAAUUAACUUCGGAUGACGACCAACAACUACGAUUACUUACUGAUCGGAUACGAGAAGAAGUUCGUGGUAGUACUGGAUGGCAAAGCUUGGGUAACUUAUUGCUUAAAACCGGUCCAUUUAAUAAAGCUGAAGAACUUUAUAACGUAUUACUCGAACAGACAUCUGAUGAGGGUGAAAAAGCGCUUUAUUAUAAUCAGCUGGGAUCUGUCCAUUACAAUCAAGGCGAUUAUGAAAAGGCUAUUUGGUAUUACGCACAAGGACUUAAGAUUCGACAGAAGACUCUUCCUUCAAAUCAUCCGGAUUUAGCUACUUCUUACAACAACAUCGGUGUAGUGUACCAUAACAUCGGAGAGCACUCAAAAGCGCUUUCGUAUCAUGAAAAAGCACUGGAAAGUCAACAAAAAGCUCUCCCUGAAAAUCAUCCUGAUUUAGCUACUUCCUACAACAACAUCGGUGGCGUGUACAACAACAUGGGAGAGUAUUCAAAAGCACUUUCUUUCUAUGAAAAAGCAAUUGAAAUUCAACAAAAGACCCUUCCUCAAAAUCAUCCUGAUUUGACUACCUCUUAUAACAGCAUCGGUGACGUGUAUCACAACAUCGGAGAGUACUCAAAAGCACUUUCGAUGUAUGAAAACGCAAUCGAAAUUCGGCAAAGGACUCUUCCUUCAAAUCAUCCUGAUCUAGCUAUUUCCUACAACAGCAUCGGUGGAAUGUAUAAUAAGACGGGAGAGUACUCAAAAGCACUCUCAUCCUAUGAAAAAGCAAUCGAAAUUCAACAAAAGACUCUUCCUUCAAAUCAUCCCGAUUUAGCCACUUCCUAUAACAACAUCGGUGGAUUGUACAACAACAUCAGAGAGUACUCAAAAACGCUUUCGUAUUAUGAAAAAGCACUCGAAAUCCGACAAAGGACUCUUCCUUCAAAACAUCCUGAUCUAGCUACGUCUUACAACAAUAUCGGUGUAGUGUACAACAACUUCGGAGAGUAUUCGAAAGCACUUUCAUUUCAUGAAAAAGCACUUAAAAUUCAAGAAGACACUCUUUCUUCAAAUCAUCCUGAUAUGGCUGCUUCCUGCAACAAUAUCGGUGGAGUGCAUCAUAAGAUGGGAGAGUACUCGAAAGCACUUUCGUUCUAUGAAAGAGCACUCAAAAUUCGAGAAGAAAAUCUUUCAUUAAAUCAUCUUGAUUUAGCUAUUUCCUACAACAAUCUUGGGGCAGUAUAUCACAACUUCGAAGAGUAUCCAAAAGCACUUUCAUUCUAUGAAAAAGGACUGGAAAUUCAGCAAAAAGCUCUUCCUUCAAGUCAUCCUGAUGUAGCAACUUCGUACAACAAUAUCGGUGCGGUGUACAGCAAUAUGAGAGAAUACUCGAAAGCACUUUCGUUUUAUGAACAAGCACUCGAAAUUCAAGAAAAGACUCUUCCUUCAAAUCAUCCGGAUUUAGCUACUUCCUUCAACAACGUCGGUGGAGUGUAUCACAACAUGGGAGAAUACUCGAAAGCACUUCUGUAUUAUGAACGUGCUCUGAAAAUAUGGCGACUUGUAUUAUCUCCAUCUCAUCCGCAUAUUAAAAAUUUGAAAGAAAAUUUUGAACUUGUAAGAAAAAAAAUUAUAAAACAUGUUUCAUAA